UGCACCACCAUCAGCAGCCUGCUGGAGGAUUAACAGCUGGAAACGCCUGCGAAAACAUCAGCAGCUAUUCAGGUAUGGAGCUGUUUGACAAGUGGUUAUGGAGACAGGAGUUCUGGCUUCCUCCUGGCAUUACCUGGAAGGAUUUGGAGCAGACAGAGGGUUCUCCACUGCCCAGGGACCUGCUUAUUUCUCUGCCUCUGGCACUGGGAUUCAUAGGCCUGCGUAAGAUUUUUGAGAGGACUUUGGCUGUUCCUCUCAGCAGACUGUUAGGAGUGAGAGACAAGGUACGUUUAUCAGUCGUGUCUGCUCCGAGCCUGGAGGCCUUUUACACCAAACACAGCAGACAGCCUGCACAGAGUGAGCUAAGCAAUCUGGUGAAGCAAAGCAGUUUAAACCAGAAACAAGUAGAGAUCUGGUUCCGUCAGCGUAGAAAUCAGGACAGACCCAGCAACACCAAGAAGUUUUGUGAGGCAAGCUGGAGGUUUGUCUUCUACCUAAUAGCGUUCAUAGUUGGACUUACAUCUCUUAUCAAUACACCCUGGUUUUGGGAGCAGAAGGAAUGCUGGAAAGGAUUUCCACAACAACCUGUUAUGAAAAUGCACUAUUGGUAUUACAUGCUGGAGCUGGGCUUCUACUGGUCACUGCUGCUCUGUGUCUCUGUGGACGUGAAAAGAAAAGACUUUAAGGAACAGAUUAUUCACCACAUAGCAACCAUAACUCUGCUGGGAUUCUCAUACUGCGCUAACUACAUUCGCAUUGGUGCUCUGGUCCUGGUAGUCCAUGACUCUUCUGAUAUCCUGCUAGAGUCUGCAAAGAUGUUUAACUAUGCUGGCUGGAGAAGGACGUGCGACUUACUGUUUGUGGUGUUUGCAGUGGUGUUUCUCGUCACACGCCUGGUUGUGUUUCCAAGCAAGAUCAUUUACACUACUCUGAUUUCAUCGAUGGACGUGUUUAAGCCAUUUGUUGGAUAUUAUUUUUUUAACGCACUGCUGCUAGUGCUGCAGUUUCUGCACAUAUUCUGGGCCUGGCUAAUACUGCGCAUGAUCUACAAGUUCCUCUUCCUGGGCAAGCUGGAGAAGGAUGAACGCAGCGAUGAUGAAAGCGAGGCAGAAGAGGAUGAAGAAGAUGAAGAACAGGAUAAAGAGGACCAAGCUUCCUGGAGAAAGAGAAAAGUUGUCGUUGAUUCCAAACUGGCCAUGAUGACUUCUAGCUGUGUUCUAAACAAUUUGACAAAUCAAAGAGUGAAUGUAAGCUGUAGAACACCUAAAACCAGAUAGCAUGAGAGAUUCCUCAUUAAAAUGCACUGAUAUUACUGUUACUAUUGUAUUCAAUGUUACGUUUCAGUUAGUUAACAGUUCAGUCGCAGAGUAAACGUUUGUUUUUAUAACAAGGCUAGUUCUUGUAAUCACACCAGUUCUGCCUGGACUAGAAUAACAUAACAGUUCAUUACACCUUCAGUACUAAUAGCUAUAGGCAGGUCCUUUAUGCCCAUAGCUGUAAUUACUAGGACUUCAGAUAAUGUAAAGAGACCCAGUUUUUUUCACAGCCUGCUCCUGGAAUCACUAACAGAAUUAGUUUUCCUGUUUCGAAACUAUUGAUUCUAACAUUAGCAUGUAAAGUAGUUCAAUCAGGAAAACACAAAAUGUUUAAUGCAAGAAGCAUCGAACAAGCACGACUGAAAACACCAUAGCAGAUAAACAGUAAAUAUACAGAAAUACAUUAUCAGCACAUACCUGUACUUCUGAGCUACUUUUAAAAGCUGUUCUAGAUUUAUUGUACAUAUGUUUGUUUUUUUAUUUAAAUGUAUUAAUAAAUAUCAGUCAAACGAUCUCACUUAUUUCUUGCACACUACACACUCAGAUGUAUUGUACAUAUGUUAUUCAUGUGUUUACUUUUAAUAUAUUAAUAAAUAUCA